CACAGUUUUGAGAGCUGUUCUUUGAGGCACUUCCUCAAAGCUCUAUAUUAUUGUACCUUGAAACUUUAUUAUACUCGAUUUUAUUCGUGAUAGCCAGUGCUCUAAAUUCUAUGGAUUUCUACAGAUAAAAGCUACGUAUCUCAUUUUACUGGGUUCACCUUCCCAAGAUUUGCUACCAACUUGACUGUUACUUUUGUGAUCUCUUAAGCUAUAUUGUAGUGACAAUAGUUACCAGUUUUUAAAUCCAGAGGUCUGAUGUAAAAAAGAAGGGAUUGUUGAUACUUCUGGGAAACAGUCUAUAUGAUUAGGCAAAAUGCUGUGAGAGUGUCUUCUGUGAAUAUUUUCAUUUCAGAUUAGAGCUUCAGUUUUAUGUCAGAUUCUUUGAGAUUUGUCUUAAUAGCUAUUUAAAUUUGCAAAACCAUAGAAUGGAUUACAUUGUAACAUAAUGCAGGAAGAAUAGCUGCCUAAAUUUCCAAAUAAUUGGUCAAAUUCUUCCAAGCUCUGAAAAGUAAGUGUUAUGUACUUCUGUUUAGUGCAACUAAUAACCCAAAACCUAAUGAUUAAAUUAAAGGAACCUGAUGAUUAAGUAGGAAGAAAAUCCUUUUAACAAGGGCAGAACGCGUGGGAAGAGCUUAAUCUUGAAGAUUGCUGAUUAAACACCAUAGAAGCACAAGAAGAAAAACACCCACAACAAACCCAGCCCACUGUAAAUGUAACUGUUUCUUGAGACCAUCCCUUCAUUUAAUGGCUAUGUGACCGAACCUCUUCAGUGCUUGCAUUGAUGCACUUUUCUAUGUUUAUUUCAUAAUCUGAAAGAAGAAUAGUAUUUGGAAUAAUGGCAACAGGAGACCUAAAUGGAAGUUUAAGAAAAAUAGAACAAGGACUUCGCUUGUUAAAUUAUCCACGAGAUGUGGAUUAUACAGUGUUAGUGAAGGGUGAUCCAGCUGCAUUUUUGCCUAUCAUCAGCUAUUGUUUUACAUCUUUUUCAACUUGCAUAGCAGAGCUUUUGGUAAAGUGUGAUGUGGAACUGACAGCCAAGAGCGACUUGCGUUUUAUCGAAGCUGUUUAUAAGUUUCUUCGAGAUCAAUUUCAGUAUAAACCAAUUUUAACAAAAGAGCAGUUUCUUCAAGUUGGCUUUGCGGAAAGAAAAAUGCAGAUUGUUUGUGAUGUUAUCAACUGUGUGGUGAAGAAACAUAAGGAGCUGAGUAACUCUAGUAAGGUUAAAUCCCAAACGAGAAAAAAAAUCAGACCUCCUAAAUCUGAAGUAUGGUCAAAUUGUGGUAAAGGUCUUGCUGAUCCGAGUCGCAGUGCUCUGAAUUCCAAGCAGCAUGCUCAAAAGAAGCCUCUAGUUGAACGACACUCAGGAAAUGAAGUUAGUGGUGAUCUUUGUCCGCUACCCCUUCCAGCACAGGGAGGGACAGAGGAAGAAUUGUGUCCAGAUUAUGAUAUUGUGGAAGUUAAAUGUGAACAAGUCAUAGAAGAAAAUUCACAAAUUGAGUUUUUAAAGAGUCAGCUUGCAGAUUUCCAGGAAAAGCUUCAUAAGCUAGAUUGGAUGGAAGAUAAGCUACAAGUUUUAGAAGAGAAACUACAAGGAAAAGUGAUCAUAGAUGAGAAGGACUGGAAUAACUUACUGAAUCGUGUUUUGCUUCUUGAAACAGAACUGUUGUUACAGUCCAGAAAGAGAGACUUUCUUAAAGACUUCGGCAAUAUAAAUGAAAAAAGAACUUCUAGUAGCAUUCCAGUUUCCCUUGAUACAGAGAGGAACGAGGAGAUGCCAGGGAGUCAUCUUCAGUCGUCUGGAUGCAGUUCACUGUUAUCCACAGACCAAUCUCCCAAAGACAUGGCCAUUAAUUCUCAUGAUCUGACAGACAUUUCAAAGGAGACAAUAAGACAAAGAAUGGAAAAGAUAAGUAAAAUAAUUGAAGAAACCUUCAAAUUGUUCAAAACACCAAGCCCACCUCUGGGAAUACCUGCAAGCACAGCUCUUCAGACCUGGUCUCUGCAGACUUACGGAUACCAGAAAUAAUCUGUAUGUUUGUACAGCGUUAAAUUUUUAAUAUAUCGAAUUUGUAAUGAUCACCAGUGCUUUUAUUGCUUUGAAUAAAUAUUUUACUCAUGCAUCUGUGUAUUGAUUUCCCUCCCCACGACCACAAUUUUUGGUUUUAAAGACUGUUCAAAUAGCUUCUUCCCCCUCCUUGCACUUUUGUAAAUUGAAAUCAUUACAGCAGUGUAUUCUUGUGUUGACAUUUGUUAGCAGUGUGCUAAGUAAUAUGUUUUUUAAAGUGUGGGCUUGAGGACUGUGGUUUACAUCCUGUUGGAAACAUUCCAGCUGGAACUUGCAUAUUACACCCAGGAGGCAUUCUUGCAUACCAUCUUACCAUCUGUACUGUUGAAUAAGUCUUAAUAAAAAACUUACAUACACAGUUUCAAA